AAUCCCUGUGGUUGUUUCUUCAUGCAUUCCCUGCCACUGACCUGGCCCAGGACACUGCUUCCGGACAGGGAAGGGUGACAGGCCAGCCGGGCCCCAGAGGAGAGACAGCAGCCCAAAUGGGAGCCUGGAGGGAGCACAGAACAAUGGCAGCCCGAAGAAAAGGCCAGUACAACCUGUGGAAGCCCUCUCUGGACAGCAUGUCCCAAUUAAUGGAUUCUGACAUGGAUUAUGAAAGGCCAAACGUAGAGACCAUCAAGUGCGUGGUAGUGGGGGACAACGCUGUGGGCAAGACCAGGCUCAUCUGUGCCCGGGCCUGCAAUGCCACCCUCACCCAGUACCAGCUGCUCGCCACCCACGUGCCCACAGUUUGGGCCAUCGACCAGUACCGGGUGUGUCAGGAGGUGCUGGAACGUUCCCGAGACGUGGUAGAUGAUGUCAGCGUGUCCCUCCGCCUCUGGGACACCUUUGGAGAUCACCACAAAGACCGUCGCUUUGCUUAUGGGAGAUCCGAUGUGGUGGUUCUGUGCUUCUCCAUUGCCAACCCCAACUCCCUCCACCAUGUCAAGACCAUGUGGUACCCAGAAAUCAAGCACUUCUGCCCCCGAGCACCUGUCAUCUUGGUGGGCUGCCAGCUGGACCUGCGCUACGCCGACCUGGAGGCUGUCAAUAGGGCCAGGAGACCCUUGGCUAGGCCCAUCAAGCCCAAUGAGAUCCUUCCCCCGGAGAAGGGUCGGGAGGUGGCCAAGGAGCUGGGCAUCCCCUACUACGAGACCAGCGUGGUGGCCCAGUUCGGCAUCAAGGACGUCUUUGACAACGCCAUACGUGCAGCGCUCAUCUCCCGCCGGCACCUGCAGUUCUGGAAGUCCCACCUCCGCAAUGUGCAGCGGCCUCUGCUGCAGGCGCCCUUCCUGCCCCCCAAGCCGCCUCCCCCCAUCAUUGUGGUGCCCGACCCCCCCUCCAGCAGCGAGGAGUGCCCCGCCCACCUCCUGGAGGACCCGCUGUGCGCGGACGUCAUCCUGGUGCUGCAGGAACGUGUGCGCAUUUUUGCCCACAAGAUCUACCUCUCCACUUCCUCCUCCAAGUUCUACGACCUGUUCCUCAUGGACCUGAGUGAGGAGGAUCUGGGGGGCCCCUCAGGGUCAGGAGGCCCCUGCCCGGAGGACCACCGGGGUCACCCUGAUCAACACCACCACCAUCACCACCACCACCACGGCCGGGACUUCCUGCUUCGGGCAGCCAGCUUUGAUGUGUGCGAGAGUGUGGAGGAGGGCGGGGGCUCCGGGCCCGCUGGGCUCCGGGCUUCAACUAGCGACGGGAUCUUACGGGGCAACGGGACAGGGUACCUGCCUGGGAGGGGUCGAGUGCUGUCUUCCUGGAGCAGAGCUUUUGUGAGCAUCCAGGAAGAGAUGGCAGAGGAUCCACUGACUUACAAAUCCCGGCUGAUGGUGGUGGUGAAAAUGGACAACUCCAUCCAGCCGGGGCCCUUCCGGGCUGUUCUCAAGUACCUGUACACAGGGGAGCUGGACGAGAACGAGCGGGACCUUAUGCACAUCGCCCACAUUGCUGAGCUGCUCGAGGUCUUUGAUCUGCGCAUGAUGGUGGCCAACAUUCUCAACAAUGAGGCCUUCAUGAACCAGGAGAUCACCAAGGCCUUCCACGUCCGCCGGACCAACCGGGUUAAGGAGUGCUUGGCAAAAGGCACCUUCUCAGAUGUGACCUUCAUCCUGGAUGAUGGCACCAUCAGCGCCCACAAGCCCCUGUUGAUUUCCAGCUGUGACUGGAUGGCUGCCAUGUUUGGGGGGCCGUUUGUGGAGAGUUCCACCAGGGAGGUGGUGUUUCCUUACACGAGCAAGAGCUGCAUGAGGGCCGUGCUGGAAUACCUGUACACCGGCAUGUUCACCUCCAGCCCCGACCUGGACGACAUGCAGCUCAUCAUCCUGGCCAACCGCCUCUGCCUGCCGCACUUGGUCGCCCUCACAGAGCAAUACACAGUGACCGGGCUGAUGGAAGCAACUCAGAUGAUGGUAGACAUCGAUGGGGACGUCCUUGUGUUCCUGGAACUGGCUCAGUUCCACUGCGCGUAUCAGUUGGCUGACUGGUGUCUCCACCACAUCUGCACCAACUACAACAACGUGUGUCGCAAGUUCCCUCGAGACAUGAAGGCCAUGUCCCCAGAAAACCAGGAGUAUUUUGAGAAGCACCGGUGGCCGCCUGUCUGGUACCUGAAGGAGGAGGACCACUACCAGCGGGCCCGGAAGGAGCGCGAGAAGGAAGACUGUCUCCACCUGAAGCGGCAGCCCAAGCGGCGCUGGCUGUUCUGGAACAGCCCUUCCUCACCGUCCUCUUCAGCCACCUCCUCGUCUUCCCCAUCUUCCUCCUCGGCUGUGGUCUGAGACGCUGCCACGCUCUUCUGGCCCUGCUGCCAUUGUCCCCACGUGUUCUUGCCCCUCCGCCCUUCUGCAUCGCCCCCUCCGCCUUCCAGGGACAGAGGGCUCACAUAACCAGGGCCCUGUGGGGAGAAGCCGCUCUCACCAGCCAGCAGAGCUCAGCAGGGAGAGGAAGGAGCCGGGCCUCGCGGGUCAGAGCAGGGGCCCGGGCAGAGGUCCCGAUUCCACGGCAGGGCAGGAGGCAACCCCUGGGAGCUGGGGAGCGGGGAAAGAGCUGAGGGCUGUGGCGUCUGGUCUCUGGGUCGGAGAGCCCUAGAAUCAAAGGGAAACUCCCCCAGCCGUGAGGCCGAGUGUCUUGGUCUGGGGAGGCAGCCCCCUCCCCGUGAGCGGCAGUGAGCAGGCAGGGUCCUACCUCUGUUGAUCGUGUGUUGGCAUCAGCGGACUUGGAGGGUUGCAGAUGUUUUGUGGGCAUUUGCACGUGGAACCUACUCAAAUCCGCACUGGAGAAGUCAGGGUAGAAAUUAAGCCUUCAGAGCCCAACUCCAGGUCUCCACCCCUGGGGUGCAGCUGCCAGAGGCCGCAAGUGGACGGCUGGCCCUCUGCCAGCGCCCCUCCCAGGGCGGUGGGCACCCAGGCCUGAGAAGGGCGGCAGAGGUUGCCGGGAGCUGCAGGCCUAGGAGCAGCGCCUCUUGGUGCAGGGAGAAACUUCCUUCUCCCCUCCUUCACCGCUCAGAUUUGGAGAUGGCAACCAAAGGAGACAGCUGGAACAGGGGGGAGAAGGAAGGGAGUGAUGGGCGCCUGGGUGCAGCAAUCCCAUGCUCCUUUGGGCUCCUCCCUCUGCCUCUGGUUAGCACGGCUUCUCACGGGGUAGGGUAAAUUUAGCAAAAAACCCCAAGCAACAAUGAACAGAAUCACCACCAACAAAAACAUUGUCGCCUCUAUCCCCCCAAAGGAAGAAAAGCAGAAAAAGACCCUGUAUGGCUUACAUUUCUAUAAAGCCAAACAGGGUUCCCCAUGUGGAUGAGGCAACGGUUGAGGCGGUGGAAUUGACUCCAGUGCUUUUCAGGAAAGCAGUGUCACCGGCUGUGACCGAGGACGCCCCGGCUCUGCUGGUUGACCCUGGGCAGCACGUUGCAUGCCUUCAGCAUGCUGGGGAUGAGGUUUCGGAGGUGGGGAGGGUGGGCUCAGGGAUCGCUGUGGCGUUGGAGCCACGCGUUCGCCCAUCAUGAGAAUCGGGCUAUCCUCACCUUCAGCGGGUAACUCCAUAACGUGAAUGUGUUGGAGGGGUGGGGUGUGGUAGGGGGUCAAAGGUCAGGAGAAAGGCACUGACAUGGAGAAUAGGAGACCCUGUAAUGAAGGAUCAUAGCACAUGAUCUUACUCAGUGCUGGCUGGUGAUAAAAGGGAAGGAGAAAAAGUGGGGGAAUUGAACAGGAGCAAAGCCAAGGUCAGUCCAGAGAAGAGGAGGGAGGAGACUGGAGGACUGUGGAGGACUGAGACAGUAGCUUGCAGCCCCACUGGGGAAAAGCUGGGUCGCAACUGACCCUCUCCGCGUUUUCUAACCCUGAUCCGUAUUUUACUCCCCACACCCUUUGUAGAUUUAGAGGACAGAGUCCCUCUGAUGAAGGUGGAGCCAGAGAGACUGAGCUCCUGGCCUCAGAGCUCCGGAGUCACCUCGGCUAAGAAAGAUGCUUUAGGAAGAGGAACUGGUUUUCGGUCCCAGGGCCCUAGGUGGGCUCCACCACCAAGAGGCUGGCUUUAGGUCUGGGAUAGAGCAAACCCAGAAACAAUGGAAACUCUGCAUCAAUUUUUUGGUGCCAAGACCUAGGGAUUUGAAAUUAAGUCCUCGUCAAGAGAAGGAGCAGGAGGUGGCAGGUCACGCGGGUCUAGAGUGGCUGUGACCCGCGUUGUCUGAGCCCCAGACUUCGAGGCGGUGGCUGCCUCCCCUCCAAGUCCUUCUCCAGGUGGCAGGCUGGGAAACCAGACGUGUGCUGCCCUCUACUGGCUGGUGAGCCCCCUGCCGCUGAGCUCAGGGUGAGCCUGAGGGGCAAUGGGCGGGGCAGAAGGGGAGCCUCCAAGGUGGGGGUGCAGCUCUGCCCCCAGCACCUUCGCUCUGGGGAGGUGACAGAGGAGGGGCCGGGGGGCCUCCCUGGAACUCUAGGUGGGUGGGAGAGCCAGGGCCUGAAGUCCAAUGGCAAGGGAAUUGCUCCGUGAGGUUGCAGGCCUGAGCCACUGGGCCCACUGAUGAGGAUGCAGACAGGCCAGUGGGGAGAGAAAGGGAAGGUGGCCCAGGAGCUGCAGGAGGCCCCCAGAUGAGGGGUCACAGAAUGACCCCAGCAAGCAGGGCCCCACCCCCCCUUCCCAGCGGCUCUGUCAGAGCCAGUCUGCACCUCCAGGGAGCCCAGCAGGCCCAGGUGUGGCCCAGAGACAUCACCUGGGGAGGCUGUGGGGAAGCCAGGCCAGGCUGGGGUCCCUCUCCCAGGGGAAGGCAGGGAGGAGGGGCUGGAUUCCAGUCCCCCAGGAACCUGGCGCCCGGAAAUCCAGAGUCAGAGCAGGAGACACACCCAUGCAGGGCGAGCUUGAGCCCGAGGCAUAAAAGGGAGAAGGAUGGAGCGGGUCACACAGCAAGAACACACACCCCUGCACCCGGGUCACUCAGCACUGCUCCAGAGAACAGUACGAUGGGGGAGAAAACACACACACACACGCCUCUUUUUAUAUAAAAUUGCAUAUUUAAUUUGGUCAUGAAUUCAUAAACAUGAAUAUUUUGUACCUAA